UGAAACAACGUUUGAAGCGAUUAGUUGUUGGUUUGUAGAUGCGCGAGCAAUGUUUUUUCCUUGAUGUAAUUAAUCGAAAUAAAAUUACGCGUAAUUACGUAAAUAAUAUAUUAAAGAAAGAAAACAAAAUAUAUAUUAACGUUUAUAUGUGCGUUUGAGAUUGAUUUAAAUUCAUUGAUAUUAUGCAAUAAUAUUUAAAAGGUCAUAUAUAGUUUUGAAAAACACGUGUGACUCAUUUGUGUUUUAUUUAAAUUAUUAUUAUUAUUGCUUUCUUUUUUUUUUUUUCCAACAUAAUUUAAAUUUUUUUAAUUAAUAAUCCGUUGGGUAAUCAAGUCUUUAAAGGUUUGGUUGUAAUAGAAAGUAUUACGUAAAUAAAAGAAGAAGAAAAGUAAACAAAGAAAAGAACAAAAUUGAGAUAAAAUUAACGAAUGAACGUAGAAGAAGGAGAAUGCUAGAAAGAUUUACAUUAUUAAAGGAAUUCAAGGAGAAAUAACGCAAAUAUAAAAAUUACAAUAUUGCGUAUCGAAAAAAGAAAAAACAAAACAGACAAACAAUGGAAGUUUUAAUACACGAGGCCUCGGACAAACGUGAAAUUAUCGAUGGUACUUCUUCCGUUAAUCAUCAUAAUGACACCAAUUUAAAUGGCAAUAAAAUAACUACGUUGGAUCGAAAAGAAAAGGAUGAAAAUGAUUUAAACGUAUCGUAUGGGAAAAAAAUUAACAAAAUUAAUUCGGUCGAUAUUAUAUUUGAAAACAUUACCUAUAACGUUCCACUUGGAUUUCGAAAAGGUCGAAAGGAAAUACUUCAUGGGAUUAAUGGUAGGCUCAAUGCUAAACAAUUGAUUGCAUUAAUGGGACCCUCGGGUGCUGGAAAAUCAUCAUUACUCGACGUUCUAUCUGGUUUUCGAGAAACCGGUGUUGACGGGGUCAUUUAUGUCAAUGGACGAAUCAGAGAACUUCGUUCUUUUUCAAGAUAUUCGGCCUACAUAACUCAAAAUGAUUGUUUGGAACCAUUGUUAACGGUUUUGGAAAGCAUGAGAGUAGCUGCUGAUCUUAAAUUGCCAAUUAAUACGCCUAAGUAUCAAAAGGAGACUAUAAUAGAAGAAAUACUCACGACGUUGGGAUUGUACGAGCAUAUAAACACGAGAACGGGACAAUUGAGCGGUGGACAAAAGAAAAGAUUGUCCGUGGCUUUGGAAUUGGUUAAUAAUCCUACCGUUAUGUUUUUGGAUGAGCCAACAACAGGAUUAGACAGUUCGUCGUGUAUGCAAGUUAUAAAAUUGUUGAAACUUCUUGCCAAACAAGGAAGAACAAUAAUCUGUACGAUUCAUCAGCCCAGUGCGUCCAUAUUUAAAAUCUUUGAUCACAUUUACGUACUGGGCAAAGGGAAUUGUCUUUAUCAAGGAUCUACCGAGAAAUUAAUUCCGUAUUUGGAAUCAAUGAAUUUGCAUUGCCCGAUGUAUCACAAUCCUACGGAUUAUAUGAUUGAAUUGGCAUGCGGCGAGUAUGGCGACGAUAAGCUAACGACAUUGAUAAACAAUUCGGAUAAUGGCCGAAAUCUGCAAUGGUUCGAAGAUUAUAAGUCAUUGAAAGAUGCGAAAACAUUAAGAGCACUGAAUCCAUUAAAGGAAAUGAAAAGGAUAGACAAGACUUUCGAAUCUCAGGUUACACCGUUAAACAAUCAAAUCUAUACUUUAUUGAAAAGAGGAAUAUUAAUGUACAAAAGAGACGUGACGUUGAUUUAUCUUCGUAUAGUAGUCAACGUAAUGAUAGGAUUAUUACUUGGAAUGGUAUUUACUAGUUGCGGAAAUGACGGUGAUAGAGUAUUGGACAAUUAUAAUCUCCUAUUUUCUAUACUUAUACAUCAUAUGAUGACUACUAUGAUGUUGACUAUAGUGACGUUUCCAAUGCAACUUGAUAAACUCAUUAAAGAACAUUUCAAUAGAUGGUACAGCUUAAAAGCAUUUUACAUAACAAUUACGUUAUUAGAUAUACCAGUAUCAACAAUAUGUUGUUUCCUAUUUUCUGUUAUAAUAUAUCCAAUAUCGUCUCAGCCAUUAGAAAUCGAAAGGUUCACCAUGUUUUUUACAAUUAGUUUAUUAGUUUCGUUCAUCGCUCAAGGUACUGGCCUGAUGAUUGGUGCAGUAUUAAAUGUAGUCAACGGUACGUUCGUGGGACCAACUAUAUCGGUACCUUUGAUGAUGUUUGCUGGAUUCGGAGUAUCAUUAAAAGAUUUGCCAAAUUAUCUCAAAUGGGGUAGUUAUGUCAGUUUUUUGAGAUAUGGAUUGGAAGGGUUCGUCGGUGCUAUUUACGGAAUGGAUCGUGCAGUUUUACCUUGCAUGAAGAAUGAGGAACCUUUAUAUUGCCAUUAUAAAUAUCCUAAUAAAUUCUUAACAGACAUAUCAAUGAAGGGCGAUCAAUUUUGGAACGAUGUCAUUGCUUUAUUAAUAAUACUCUUGAUAACACGUGUUUGUGCAUAUUUUCUACUCAAAUGGAAGAUUUUUUCUUUGAGAUAAAAAUUUAGAGAAAAUAUAUAUAUAUAUUUUUUUUUCAUUUAAUUUUGUUAAACAACACCGUGUCUCCAUACUUUACGAACUCAAAUGGACGUAAUAUAAAUCACGUCAUUUAUGUUUCAAAUCAUUUUUCAUAAUCAUUAGAUAGGAUUUUUUUAUUAUAUAAUAAUAGUUUUCUAAUUAUCAAUUUAACUUAUAUCUUCUCACAAUAAUUAUAUUAUCAACGUCUCAUAAAUAUGUAUCGUUUUCAUAAAUAACUUAUUGUUGGGAACAAAAAACGACACAGAUAUUUGU